AAAAAUGUUAGUCGAUCGACCAAUUAUCACAAAGGAACAACGGAUGUCGUCACCUUGUGUCCAAUCACAGCUGUCGUUGGAAGCCCGUUUAUUGACAAGGGGAGAAGGUGACUCCUGUACGAGCAGGGCAAUACCUUGUUAAAAUCUUAACAAAUAACCGAAAAAUAAGACAGAACAACCAUGUCUUCUUUUGGAAGGGCGUUGGGAGUCCUUCGGACAGGCACUCGCCUCCUCAGACGCGGUACUCAAAGGAUAACGACCAGAAAGGCCAGCGGAGGGCCACACAUUGAGCCACAGUACAGGCAAUAUCCCCAGAUAACGAAGAAACAGAAGUUCGAAUCCGAGCUCAUCAGCGGUGUCAUGUGGUUCUGGAUCCUUUGGCACUGCUGGCACGACCCUGAUGCAGUCCUGGGUCACUUCCCCUGGCCUGAUACUUCUGCAUGGACAGAUGAGGAGCUUGGAAUCCCAGCAGAUGACGAGGAAUAAGAUCACCAUGAGGGUUCAAGCUGCUGGACAAGUCUUUGUGGAAAUCUUCAGGAUAUUCUGAGAGUCAGUGUUGUACAUAGACUAAUAAAAUACUUUAAAUAUGUUAUAAAUGUUGUAUUCUUAUGUAAAUCUACCGGCUAAACAUUGCAUUUUUAUAGCGUGUGUUUGGGCUUGACAAAAGGACAAGCAUGCUAUUUCAUUAGUUUUAUUUACACGCACAUUUUUAAAUGCAGAAACAAAAUGCAACGCAUCAACAGUGUCACAGUUAGCCAGUGUUUGUAAAUUUUAAAUCAUAAGCCAUUUAAAUCUGGGGGGAAAAAACAUUGCAAGAACCAACGCACAUAACAAAUGCCAAAAGAGCUGCAUGUAAAAGCAAAAGGGAUCAAUUCUGUACAAUGAAUACUACAGCUUAUAAUAAACCCUGCCUGCGGGCCAGCUCGUGUUUUCAAAGACUUGACAUGCAAAGAGUUCAAAGGUUAAAGUGUAGUGUAAGAA